CACAAACUAAAAUUGAAAAAGUAAAAUAAAAAUAAAACCUUUUAUACUCCACCGGAUACGCUCGCCAACUGGAAUCUUUGCUUUCAAAAAGAACGCCCGCACACUCUCCACCCUCUCACUCCAUUAACAAUGGAAGAAGAAGAUCAGCAGAGAGUCACAGAUCUAGUCAAGGAACUGGUUCUGCUUUUACUCUCCCAAAACCCACAAAACCCUAACCCUAAUCCUGACUCCUCUGCUUUCCACCAAUAUCUCCGCUACGCUUCUCGCAUUCUUUCAAGCAGGUUGACGCCGUCUAUCGCCCCCGACGCUGCUGCCAUCGCCGAGUCCAUCAAGCGCCGCCCUGCUACUCAAGGUAAGUCAUCCGAUGCCCUCACUUUCGCUGACCUUUACACUAAGUUCGCCUCCAAAACAGGCCCCGGCAGUGUCGAUAAUAAGUGGGCUGUGCUUUAUUUGCUUAAAAUCAUUUCCGAGGACAGGAAAGCUGCCAGAAACGGCGUUGCUUCUGUCCUAUUGCCAAACUUGGCGUUGGAUGACGCCGGAUUUGGGAACAAUUCGAGGGCUCAGCGAGGCGAACAAAGUAAAGGAAAGGGUUGGAGUAAUGGGGUUUUGUUAGUAACGAAAGACCCCGAGAAUCUACGCGAUAUUGCGUUUAGGGAAUUUGCGAAUUUGAUUAAGGAAGAGAAUGAUGUGUCUGAGGAGGUUUUGGUGAGAGAUGUGUUGUAUGCUUGUCAAGGAAUUGAUGGGAAAUAUGUAAGAUUUGAUACUACUGUGGAUGGAUAUGCUUUGUCGGAUUUGUUGAAGGUGCCUAGAGCUACUAGGAUUAUGGUUAGGAAACUCUGUGAGCUGGGGUGGUUGUUUAGGAAGGUUAAAGGGUAUAUCUCAGAAAGUAUGGAUAGAUUUCCUGCGGAAGAUGUUGGAACUGUUGGGCAGGCAUUUUGUGCCGCUUUGCAAGAUGAGCUAUCAGAGUAUUAUAAGCUAUUGGCUGUGCUUGAAGCGCAGGCAAUGAGCCCCAUACCGUUGGUUUCAGUGUCAGCGAGUUCGAGCAAUUAUUUAUCAUUGAGGAGGUUAUCGGUUUGGUUUGCAGAGCCAAUGGUGAAAAUGAGAUUAAUGGCUGUUUUGGUUGACAAAUGUAGGGUAUUGAGAGGUGGGUCAAUGGCUGGAGCUAUCCAUUUGCAUGCCCAACAUGGUGAUCCGCUUGUGCAUGAGUUCAUGAGGCGUUUACUUUGUAGGGUGUGUUCUCCAUUGUUUGAAAUGGUUAGGAGUUGGGUUUUGGAAGGGGAAUUGGAAGAUAUUUUUGCAGAAUUCUUUAUUGUUGGUCAAACAGUGAAGGCUGAAUCACUUUGGAGGGAAGGUUACCGGCUUCAUUCCGGAAUGCUUCCUUCUUUCAUUUCACAAUCCCUAGCUCAUAAGAUUUUAAGAACUGGGAAGUCUAUAAAUUUUCUUCGUGUCUGUUGUGAUGAUCAUGGAUGGGCUGAUGCAGCAACAGAGGCCGUGGCUGCCUCUGGCACAACAACUAGAAGAGGAGGUCUUGUAUAUGGUGAAACAGAUGCACUUGAAUCUUUGGUUACUGAAGCUGCAAAAAGAAUCGAUAAGCAUCUACUGGACGUAAUUUAUAACAGGUACAAAUUUAAGGAGCAUUGUCUUGCAAUCAAGCGUUAUUUACUGCUUGGGCAAGGAGAUUUUGUUCAGUAUCUAAUGGAUAUUGUUGGGCCUAAACUUUCUGAGCCUGCCAAUACUAUUAGCUCAUUUGAACUAACCAUGGAAUCCUCACUACCAUCCAGAGACAAGGACCAGUUAAGGAGGCGAAAAAGGGAUAAAUCAUUAGAGCAUAGAUCAUGGAUCAGCGAUGGCAGGAAAGCCUUGACGCAACGUGCUGGUGAAUUUCUUCGAAAUAUGGGACAAGAUCUGGAUGCAAUAGCAAAAGAAUAUAAGUCAUUGCUUGAGGGUUUCUUAGCGCAGUUGCCUGUGCAGCAACACAUUGAUUUAAAGUUCCUGUUUUUCCGGCUUGACUUCACUGAGUUUUAUAGUCGGUUGAAGGUUACUGGAUAGGGAAGUUGUUGUUACAUGUUAGUUCAAGGAUUCGCUGCACUAUACCUAAGGCAUGAACUAUCGUGUAUGGUUCAUUAAUUGCUUACCACUGGGACUUGAUGAAGCAAUCAUGCUUUACCUUGCUGACAUGGGGACCAAUUGGUUCAUGCUUCUACCGUUGAUUUUAGAUAGGCAUUGUUUUUUGUGGAUUAUGUGCAGCUUUGAGUGAAGGUUCUUAUAUAUCUUACUUCUGUUGUCGAACAUAGCUUGACCGUUGGUUAGGUUUGUUGGCGAUAUUCAUUGUAGUAUUGUACACGUUUUAGACCUGACUGUUUAUUAGGUUCUUCGGUGUGUAAUAUUGGAUGGUUGCAAUGUCCCUUUUCUUAGAUUGUAUAUUUUUGUAGCAUACAGUUGAAUAAUAAGGAAUAUGUCAGUUCCUUCAUGCCCUUUCCUGGGAUUCUCUGUUUGUGCUAUAGGAAGAGUGAUCUUUAGACAGACUGUAAUAUUGUUGAUGAGCUUGGCGAAAGUCUGUAACUUGGAAUUCUUGAUAUAUUGUUGAAUGAGCUUGCCUUAAA